GAUUGAAUGUAUGGUUUAUAUAAUUAUUUUUUUAGUGUAAAUUUGAUGAUGUUAAAAAAAUAUAUAAUUUGUAUAAAGUUGAUUUUGACAUAUACAACCGCAAUUGCUGAAUAUACUAAUAACAGAAUCUUGAUAUAUUUACCUUAGAUUAACAACUCUUUGUUUAUGCAUUAGAGCGCACAAUAUUCACUAUGCACCUGUUUUAAAAUAAAACUCGCUCAAUCAGCAUCACACACGCACACGCAUUGACAACCCAAUCGACCUAGGCCUCCCUUGAUAGCUCAUAACAUUCGCAAGUAGACAAUAAUUUUGUUUUUGUUUUGGUGCAUAUGAUCGACCAUGAAACCGACUCAAGGCCAAGACCCCACCCACAAGAAGAUCCUUUUGACCUCCCUCUCGGCCAUGGUAGCCGAGUCAACCACCUUUCCAAUCGACAUAACCAAGACCAGACUCCAACUCCACGCCUCCUCCGCCGCAACAAACGCCUUCAAAGUGGCUAUUAACAUUGUAAGAAACGAGGGUUUUCUGGGUUUAUACCAAGGUUUAUCCCCUGCUAUUAUUCGCCACCUCUUCUACACUCCUAUUCGAAUUGUGGGUUAUGAACAUUUGAGGAAUGCUGUUCUUGUUGCUCAGAAUCAACGUUCUGAUGCUGUUUCUGGGUCUCUUUCUCUCUCCUCCAAAGCCCUUGUCGGAGGUUUAUCUGGGGUUAUUGCUCAGGUAGUUGCAAGCCCAGCUGAUCUAGUUAAGGUUAGAAUGCAAGCAGAUGGUCGUCUAAUCUGUCAAGGUCUGCAGCCCAGAUACUCUGGUCCUGUUGAUGCUUUUAGCAAGAUCAUUUCUACAGAGGGUUUCUUUGGACUUUGGAAAGGGGUUGUCCCGAACAUGCAAAGAGCAUUUUUGGUCAACAUGGGGGAAUUGGCAUGCUAUGAUCAUGCAAAACACUUUGUUAUUAGGAAUGAGAUAGCUGAUAAUAUAUAUGCUCAUACUCUAGCUUCUAUCAUGUCGGGCCUCGCAGCUACAACCUUGAGCUGUCCAGCUGAUGUAGUAAAGACUAGAAUGAUGAAUCAAGCAGCGAGUGAGGAUGGUAAACUGAUGUACAGAAAUUCUUGUGAUUGUUUGGUGAAGACAGUAAGGCUUGAAGGACCAAAGGCGUUAUGGAAGGGGUUCUUUCCCACGUGGGCGAGGCUUGGUCCCUGGCAGUUUAUGUUUUGGGUCUCAUACGAGAAAUUCAGGCAGAUUGCAGGUCUCUCUUCUUUCUGAUGUUUAGUCUUCCAUAAAUUUUGAAAAGUUUCUUAUGUAAUAAAUUCUUCUGAUUUUUUUUUUAUUUUUUUUUAUUUUUUUUAUUUUUUAUGAAGACAGUCUGUAUUCUGAGGAAAUUAGGCAUUGCUUCCUUGAUUUUAGUCCUGUCAAGUGCCAAACAUAAUUUAUACAAUAAAUUUUUUCGUGUUGA